AUGAAGUCUUUCGCUCUGCUGACAGCCUCGGUGCUGUUGGGUAGUGCCUCUGCGGAGGUUCACAAGCUCAAGCUGAACAAGCUCCCGCUGGAGGAGACGCUGAACGUCCACAACAUCGACAACCACAUCCAAGCUCUGGGCCAGAAGUACAUGGGAUACCGCCCUGACAGAAACCGCGAGGAGUCGUUUAAAGACACCACCUUCAAUCCCACCGCCGGCCAUGAUGUCCUGGUGGACAACUUCUUGAACGCUCAGUACUUCUCCGAGAUUGAGAUCGGUACCCCUCCCCAGACUUUCAAGGUUGUCCUCGACACGGGUAGCUCCAACUUGUGGGUCCCGUCCUCGGAGUGCAGCUCGAUUGCCUGCUUCCUCCACAGCAAGUAUGACUCGUCUUCGUCGAGCACCUACAAGAAGAAUGGCACCGAGUUUGCCAUCAAGUAUGGCUCCGGCAGCCUGAGCGGCUUCGUCUCGCAGGACAUCCUGAAGAUCGGUGACCUGAAGGUUCAGAAGCAGGAUUUCGCCGAGGCCACGAGCGAGCCUGGACUGGCCUUUGCUUUCGGUCGGUUCGACGGUAUCCUGGGUCUGGGAUACGACACCAUCUCCGUCAACAAAAUGGUUCCUCCCUUCUAUAACAUGCUGAACCAGGGCCUCCUGGACGAGCCCUUGUUUGCUUUCUACCUGGGCGACGCCAACAAGGAGGGCGAUAACUCCGAAGCCACUUUCGGUGGUGUCGAUAAGAACCACUACACUGGCGAGCUGGUCAAGAUUCCCCUCCGCCGCAAGGCCUACUGGGAGGUUGACCUGGAUGCCAUUGCUUUCGGCGAUAGCGUUGCCGAGUUGGACAACACUGGUGUCAUCCUCGACACUGGCACUUCUCUCAUUGCUCUGCCUAGCACCCUUGCCGAGCUUCUGAACAAGGAGAUCGGCGCGAAGAAGUCUUUCACUGGCCAGUACACUGUCGAGUGUGAGACCCGUGACAAGCUGCCCGAUCUUACCUUCACCCUCAGCGGUCACAACUUCACCAUCGGCCCCUAUGACUACAUCCUCGAGGUCCAGGGCUCUUGCAUCAGCAGCUUCAUGGGCAUGGACUUCCCCGAGCCCGUGGGCCCUCUGGCUAUUCUGGGCGACUCCUUCCUGCGCCAGUGGUACAGCGUCUACGACCUGGGCAACAAUGCCGUUGGCCUGGCCAAGUCCAAGUAA